GCCGCCGCCGGAGCGCUGCGCUGCGAAGUCCAGCGCUGCGCCCUCCGUUUCCGCGGGGUCGGCCUUCUGUGCCCGGAGCAGGACGCGCCCGCUGAGCGGGGUGCAGGCGGGAUGCCGCGGCACGGGCGGCUCCGUCACCGCUGUCGCAGUAUUCCUGGCGCCGCGGGACGGACCGUAUCGUAGUUCCUGGAAAUAUGGCAUUAUGUAACGCGGGGCCGCUGGCGGCGGGCCGGGAGCGGCGGGGGAUCCGCCUCGCUACGGAGCGACUGGGGCUACCGCGCCGUGUCCGUCACAGGGUCCUCCCCACUACAUUUAGCCCCCGCAGUCUGGCAGCGGCACUCGAUGCACGCUCGCGUCCCGGGUGUGAGCCUCGCGCCCGCGGAGCCGCUCCGGUCAGGUGGUUCUGGUGGAGGCGUUCCGCUGCGCGGUGCCCCGGUUUCGGCUCUCGGCCACCGUUCCUCGAAAAAGAGACUGUCUCUUUGAGGAGGGCCGUGCCGCGAAGCUGUCACCGCGCCGAGCGGCAGCGGGACGGCGCCUCACGCCCGGCGGCGCGGCACGGCCCCGCCCCGCCUCACGGUGCACAAGUAGGUCAGUAUGACAGCCUCGGCCGCGGCGGGCAGCGCGGCCGCCGGGGGCGCCGCCGCCCCGGUCUUACUCCUCGUGCGGCCGCCACGUCCCUUACCCGCGACGCCGUUGGCGGCCGUUGGCUGGGGCCUGACGGAAGCGGGCAGCCACCCCACGUCCGCGCGGCUGCGGGUGAGGGCUGGGGGCGCUGCCGCUUCCCCCUACCCCGCAGCCCUUUGUUCUGGGCCGAAGCGGGCGGGGGGCGGUGGCGUGGGGCCGCGCGGAGGGAGCGAGCCGGGCCAGGCCGCCUUUGUGGCCGCCGUGUCUCGCAGCGUUGGCCCCACAGACCGCCGGGCGGCGCGGCCGGAGCUCGUCGUGUCCGGGCUGCGGCGGCAGACAAAGGACCCGUGCUCAGCGGUGCAUAGUGGCUGCGGGCGAGACACAGCCCCACCGCCGUCCCCAUGUUUUCGGCGUUCUCCUUACGUAACGAGCGAGUCAAAAAUGGCUAUUGCCCAAUUGUGCUGUUUUGCCAAGUCACUUCGGUACUCAGUGGCACAGCGCUGCUCUGGGGUCAGGCUGUGCUUCACGCUUCUCGGGAGCAAACCUGCCAGCGCUGCCUUGAGCGUUCUGCAGUUUUUGUGUGUCCAUAACGGUCCUCCAACCAGAGAGAAACAGAAUCACUCUUUGUGACCAGAACCCCUAAAGGUUUUUUUUUUUCCCCAGAAGAUUCCUGUUGGCUCUACCAAAAAAAUUGGAUCUAGGCACUUUUGUUUGGAACUAUGAAA